GUUCGGUGCCCCUUCAUGUACCAUGGCAUGGGGGUUAUUGCGGAGCCUCGGGGCAGACAGCAAAAGCCCCCUCUGUGUGUCACCAGGGAUGAAGUUCCGAUGAACGUGUGAACGGCUGAAUCUUUAGUUUCGUGUUUAUCUCCCCGCAGGGCCAUGUCGGAAAGCAAUUCUUUGCAGACCUUUGUGACAUUUAACGACGUUGCUGUGUAUUUCGCUGAGGACGACUGGGAAUGUCUGGAAGAAUGGCAGAAGGAACUGUACAGGAACGCCAUACAAGAAAUCCAUGGUGUUUUAACCGCCAUGGGUUACACGAUCAGCAACCCCGAUGUGUUGGUUAGGAUUCAGAAUUUCGAUUCAGCAAAGAUCUGCAAUCUGGAUUCCUCCAAACAGAAGAGCAGCUGUAAUUUCAUGAGUGGUUAUCCAUCACGUAACCCCGAUGUCUUGCUGCGGAUUAAGAAGCAGACUAACAAUUUUACAGGGGAUCGAUUUCAAACAGAAGGAAGAGAGGAAAGACACGUCCGCUCUGAAACAACUAUGUCAAGUGACUGUGUGCAACAUCUUGAUUGCAGCUCAACUACCCCCAAAGGACAAUUUUAUAAAAAUCAGUUGGCCAACAUGAACAAGGAAUCUGCCAAGUCUUGCAGAUCAAGUAAAUCUGGAGACCAGACAUCAGGGACUGAUCUACAGGAACAGCGUACGGAUGGAACAGAUACGGAAAAAGCCAAAGAGAACGUUUUCUCAUGGGAGGAAAUCUUCGAUAAAGCGGAAUCCAAAUCUCUCGGGAAAGAAAUACCCGCUGAAUGCUUACGAGACAUCGGACUGGCGAGCGAACCCCCCGGCUCGACCGCUCAGAAGAAAGCAAAUUCAAAAGAAAGACUGUUUAUUUGCUCGGUUUGUGGCAAAAGCUUUGGGGGCAAUUCGCUGCUAGCCCGUCACAUGAGGAUUCACACGGGAGAGAAGCCCUACUCGUGUAGCCACUGCGACAAAAGUUUCAACGAUAAAUCCUACCUCCUCCGUCACUUGAGAACGCACACGGGAGAGAAGCCUUAUUCGUGUUCCGUGUGUCUGAAGAGCUUCAGUCAGAACUCCAGUGUCGUCGCGCACAUGAGGAUCCACACGGGCGAGAGACCCUUUCAGUGCAGCGAAUGCAACAAGCGAUUCAGCGACAAGUCUUACUACGUGCGGCACACGCGCAGCCACAGCGGCGAGCGGCCGUACAGGUGCGGCGAGUGCGAUAAAUGCUUCAGCCAGACCUCGACGCUUGCGUCGCACAUGCGGAUCCACACGGGGGAGAAGCCAUACAAAUGCAAUUACUGCGACAAACGCUUCAGUCAAAAUUCAAGUCUUGUCGCUCAUAAGAGGUUACAUAAACACGAAGAAACGCUUUGAAAGUAUUGUUUGUGUAGCAGAAAUAGAUGUGAUUCCCACGUGUUCCGGAGAUACCGAUAAACUCUCUGUCUUUUUCAUUUUGGAAUAAGCUCUGCGAACAAAAGCUCCAGCUC